GAAUGGGUGUAAGCUUUGCAACAAUAAUCUGGGUCCAGUUGGAUAACAACAAGGUGAGUUACUGGUUGAACGAAGAGAUUUUGAACUUCCUGGAGCGGUACCAAGGAGAAACGUGCAUUUGGGACACAGGCCAUCCGGAUCACAAAGAUAACAAAAAAAAGCUGGCGCAUGGAGUCGCCUUAGCGCCUAUUAAAUUAAAAACACAAAUGUUAUUACUCAUAAUGUCAGCCCCUUAAAUGUUGGAUGUG